UUCCUCCUGGGGGAGAGCGAUGUAGGCCAGAACCGUGCCGAGGCAUCCCAGCGGGCCCUGGCCGAGCUGAACCCCCGUGUGGUGGUGGCGGCUCACACCGGGGAGCUGUCAGAGGCCUUCCUCGCCUCCUUCCAGGUGGUGGUGCUGACCGAGUCCUCGCUGGAGGAGCAGCUCCGCAUCGGGGACUUCUGCCAUGCCCGGGGCAUCUGCUUCAUCGUGGCCGACACCAAGGGGCUGGCAGGGCAGCUGUUCUGUGACUUCGGGGAGCACUUCAUCGUUGAUGACCCAACAGAAGGGGACCCGGUGUGUGCCACCGUGCAGCACAUCUCCCAGGGCAACCCAGGUGUGGUGACAUGCAUGGGGGCAGAGGACAGCCACAGCCACCUCUUCUGUGACGGUGACUUGGUGACGUUUUCUGGUGUGGAGGGGAUGACAGAGCUGAAUGGCCAAGAGCCCAUCCCCGUGCGUGUGCUGGAUGCCUUCAGGCUGGAGAUCAGCGACACCAGCUACUUCUCACCCUACCGCCGCGGGGGCCUGGUUUCGCAGGUGCGGCUGCCCCAGGUGCACUCCUACGUGGAUGCCAAGCGGGUGCUGGAGCUGGCAUGGAACCUGGGGGCGCAGCAGGGUCCUCUGGAUGAGGACAUUGUGCGAGCCUUCGCCAGUGUGAGCGCGGGGGACCUGUGCCCCGUGGCUGCUGUCGUCGGGGCCCUGGCAGCCCAGGAGGCACUGAAGGCCAUCACUGGGAAGUUCCUGCCCCUGGACCAGUGGUUGUACUUCGACGCCCUGGAGUGCCUGGCGCUGGAGGGGGCCGCACGGCUGACAGAGGAGGACUGUGCCCCGAGGGGCUCUCGCUACGAUGGCCAGAUCGCUGUCUUUGGAGCCGGAGGUGCAGUGACUCUGCCCCAGCAGGUGGGAGCUGGCGCUAUCGGCUGCGAGUUGCUGAAAAACUUUGCCAUGAUGGGGCUGGCAGCAGGGCCAGAUGGGGAGCUCACCGUCACUGACACGGACACCGUCGCCCUCUCCAACCUCCAUCGGCAGUUCCUUUACCGCUCAGCAGAUAUAUCGAAGCCAAAGUCGGUGGUGGCCGCAGCAGCUGUGCAGCGCAUGAACCCCAAUGUCAGAGUGACAGCUCACCAGAACCAGGUCGGACCUGCCACCGAGACACUCUAUGGGAAUGACUUCUUCCGGCGCCUGGAUGGCGUUGCCAGCGCCCUGGACACGCUGGAGGCCCGUGCCUAUUUGGAGAGCCGCUGCCUCCGCUGCCUCACGUCGCUGCUGGACUUGGGCACGGAGGGGCCACGGGGGAAUGUGUUGGCCAUGGUGCCCCUCCUGACCAAACCGCUGGAGCCGGCCGGCGCCCCUGGGGAUGGCACCUUCCCCCUCUGCACCCUGCGGUACUUCCCCUGCACCAUCCACCACACGCUGCAGUGGGCCCGUGAUGAGUUUGAGGGGCUCUUCCAGGUGCCUGCGGACCACGUCAACCGGUUCAUGGAAGACCCAUUUUUUCUGGAGCAGCUGCCAGCAGGGAAGGCCCUGGAGGUCCUGGAGCAAGUGCAGGGGAGUCUGCAGGAGCGGCCACGGGACUGGCAGGACUGUGUGCUCUGGGCUCGCCGGCACUGGCAGAGCUCCUACCACGAUGCCAUCGUCCAGCUGCUGCACACCUUCCCCCCGGAGCACGAAACCAGCCUGGGUGUCCCCUUCUGGUCAGGGAGCAGGAGCUGUCCCCAUCCACUGACAUUCAACCCUGACAAGGAUACCCACCUGGAGUACAUCCUGGCCGCUGCCCACCUCUUUGCCCAGGCACACAAGGUGCCACCAUGCAGUGACAGGGUGGCCACCCAGACCAUCCUCCGCAGCGUGGUCCUGCCACCCUUCGUGCCCCAGGAGGGGCUCCAGAUCCCCCUCACAGAGGAGCAGGAGACAGCACAGGUGCCUGAGGACCAUGGGCGGCUGGUGGAACUCACCCAGGACCUGGUGCAGUGGAGACAGGAGCUGGCAGGGGGUGAGGAGGCGCACGUGCCCCUGAUGGAGCCCAUCCACUUCGAGAAGGACAACAAUGUCCACGUGGACUUCAUCAUGGCAGCGUCCAACCUGCGCGCAGAGAACUACGGCAUCCCCCCUGCUGACUGGCUGACAAGCAAGCGGAUUGCCGGGCGGAUCGUGCCUGCCAUCAUC